AUGAUGUUAAUCCGGAAUUAUUUAGAUCAAAAUGCUCCAUCUUUACAAGAUUUUGAUCAACUUAUACAAUCCUAUCAAUUAGAAUAUGGUAUUAUCCUAUUAAGAGAUUAUCAAAAAUUAUUACAAAUGUAUAAUACUACUGAAAUAUCAUUUCAUGAAUUUAAGUAUCAUACAAAUUAUCUAUUACAAUAUAUAUGGGAAAAAUUACAUACGGGUCAUUGGAAAAAUGUUCAUAUUUGUUGGCGUAUAUUAUAUUCAUCUAUUAAAUUAUUAAUUGUAUUAUAUUAUUUAUAUAAAAGUAAUAAUAAUAAUAAUAAUGAUGAUCCUAAUUCUUAUCAGUUUGAUCCUGAUCAUCCAAAUGAUCAUGAUCAUGAUCGCGAUCACUAUCAUCAUCCUUUUAUAGAAUUAAUUAAAGAAUUAGAUCUUAGUUUAAUUAUGGGUUAUCCAAUAUUUAAUCAAUUUGCAUCGAAAUUAGCUUCUAAAUUACAUCAAAUUAUUAUGAUUAAAAGAAGAUUAUGUAAUGAAAAUGAUUUAUCAUUAUCUAGAUUAUUUCAAUUAGAUAAUCAUAAUCAUGAUCCUGAUAUUGAUCAUGAUCUAGAUCAUGAUCUAGAUCGAUUUAUUCAAAUCAAUGAACAGAUCAAAAUCAAUUUGAAUAAAUUAGAUCAUAUUAAUUGUCCAAGUAUUGAAUUAUUUAAUAAUUUAAUAAAAUUUAAUAAACCAUUUAUUAUAACAAAUGCAAUCAAUUUUUGGCCAGCAUAUAAUAAUAAUAAUCAACAUAAAUGGACUAUAAAUUAUUGGUUACAUCAUUAUGGUUAUCGUUUAGUUCCUAUAGAAAUUGGUCAAAAAUAUACACAAGAGAAUUGGGGACAAAAUUAA